UUGGUUCUCACUUUCCUUCCCCGGGAGUGUAGUGUCCUGUUGGCGCAUUACUGCAACACACUGACCUUUGUCACUUCGUCGGAAGUGGGAACAAUUGUUUGCUUUUCUAAUGUAGAAUGUUUUAAAGCUUGAGACACAUUCGUUUUUUUCAGUGAGGUGCUAUUGUAAUGUGUUAAGGAAGUGCUGAUUUUUGUGAUAGAAGAUUGAUACGCGCUUCUGCCUGCAGAGGAGCUCAAGAGACUUGGUAAACCAAACACAAAUCCCACCUCACACAAAUGUCUGUGGACAAGGAAGAAUUGGUUCAGAGGGCGAAGCUCGCCGAGCAGGCAGAACGUUAUGAUGACAUGGCUGCUGCGAUGAAAGCUGUCACAGAAACAGGAGUGGAACUUUCCAAUGAGGAGAGGAAUCUUUUGUCCGUGGCAUACAAAAACGUUGUUGGUGCACGACGUUCCUCCUGGAGAGUUAUCUCGUCAAUUGAGCAAAAGACAGAAGGCUCAGAAAGAAAGCAACAAAUGGCCAAAGAAUACAGAGAAAAGGUGGAAAAAGAAUUGAGAGAGAUCUGUUACGAUGUUUUGGGUCUCCUAGACAAAUACCUGAUCCCCAAAGCGAGUAAUGCCGAAAGCAAAGUAUUCUAUUUGAAGAUGAAGGGAGAUUACUACAGGUAUCUUGCAGAAGUCGCAACGGGGGAGACCAGAAAUACUGUAGUGGAAGACUCACAGAAGGCGUACCAGGACGCAUUUGAAAUUAGCAAGGCUAAAAUGCAGCCCACUCACCCAAUCAGGCUUGGCCUGGCACUAAACUUCUCCGUCUUCUAUUAUGAAAUCCUCAAUUCGCCAGACAAAGCGUGCCAGUUGGCGAAACAGGCCUUCGACGAUGCCAUUGCGGAACUUGACACGUUGAAUGAAGACAGUUACAAGGACUCCACGCUCAUCAUGCAACUCUUGAGGGACAACCUCACACUCUGGACCUCCGACACGCAAGGGGAUGGAGAUGAACCUCAAGAGGGCGGUGAUAACUGAUCAGGCCCUCUCGAAGAACCCCCGAAUCCCCGUUCCACAUAAUUAUGUAAAACAAAAAAAAAAACUUUCUUUCCUCUAAUUCUUAUUCCUUCCCUGCCCAUUCCUUUCUUGUUCCCAACCCUCCCACCCUCACUUCCUCGGUCAAGUCGGUAUAUAUAUACAUAUAUAUAUAUAAACUUGUUUACCUUAAACGUGUUUGUGUGUAGAUAUGUAUGUGAAUUUAUUACAGGAAUACAAUAAAUUCACAUACACAUCUACACACAAACACAUUUAAGGUAAACUUACAAGUCUGCAUACUGAACAAUGUUCCACAUUUUCAUAAAGUAAAACUGAACUAUAUCGAAAGGGUAGCAUUUCUUGCAAAGGCUAACCUUUCUCUUUUUCUCAAAAAUGCUACAUAAGUCGCAUGCAGUUUUCUGUUUUUUAAUUAACAGUAACCAAGAGCCACAUGUUUCUAGUACGAAAAUGGUAUCAAAAAGAGUGUAGCAUAUUGCAUAACAUCAUGGUUGAUUAGUUUUAAUAGGCUAUGUUGUCAUGGAUUAUUUGGAAGUCAGGUGGGUUGUAGCAUAUGGUUUUUCUAUUAUAAAUGUAAUUUAUUCUCAUUUCUAAAUUAUGCCAAAAGUUCAGUAGGGAUUAAUGAAAUGUAACAUUGCCGUAGAACAGGAUGUGAGUGCUUGUGCUGGAAAUGAAGCCCUGGUUCAUUGGAAGACCAAGUACCCUUGGAAUAUUACCGCUACUUGCUACAAGUGAAGUGCAGUUGUAAAAGUUGUGUGUAAUUUUGUCUUUAUUGUCAAAUUUGUCAUUGCAUUUUUUUUCUCUCUAUCCCAUACUGUAAGGAAAAGGAACUCGCCAGAUGUUUUAUUAUUGCCUUGAGGAGUCAUUACAAAGCCAAAUUAUUGAAAUUGAUGUGCAAAAUAAUAAACAUGUAAGGAAAUUUUGGAGCCUAUUAUUUAUAUUAGAACUAAUUGUGAACCAUAAUUAUUGAUUUUUUAGACAUUCUUUUCAUUAAAUACUAAGUAAUGUUUAAAGUAAUAGAAAUUUGCUAAUCCUUAUACAUCUGCCAUAUUACCUCCCCAUACUGUGGAACACAUUUCUGGUAAAUGUUAAAAUAUGUUUAAUUUGUUCAACUGUCGAGAUUUUAAUAAAUUAAUUGGAAAUGUCGUACAUUUUCAAGUUCCCAUGUCUCCACUGCUGGUUGUUUCGGAGUUGUUUUGUGUAUGAGUCAAUGUUGUCUCCUGGAUUUGCUGGGUAUGGUGUCCUUCACCUUUCCGGCUACCCCAUCUUCAUUGUUCUUAAUUGUUUUGCUAAGGGAGAGGGAUUUGGGUGUAAUGUAAUCAUAUUUUAUUGUAGCUUUUUGAAAGUUAAGCACUAUUGUGAUUCCUCCUAUGAUGCUAGUGUUCGGAACAUGUAUAGGUUCUCCAGAUUUGCUCAAAGUCACUUGUGGCCAUCAGAUCUUGUAAGAUAGCAUAUGAAAACCAUUUUCCCUUGGUCCAUUUUCUUCCAGAGCAGCUUGCAAGUUUGUGCAAGAAAAAUUAAAUUCAUUUUCUUCUUUGCUAGGAUGGUGUUGAAGUACUGUGUUUUUUGUAAAAUAUGGAAAGAAUAAGCAGCAAAGAUUAAAAUGAAAAUGGCUGUGCAGCGCAGACUCUUACUGGUGGAAGGUAAUAUUAGUUUAUGGUACAGAAGAGACAAAUGGUAGCUAGUACUGUAUGCGUGAACAAGUUUUAGACAGUUGUAUCUGUUUGCUAGUAAAAACAAGAUGCUUUGCACUCAGAAUCCUUUAUAGACUUCUGGAUCACUUUUGUAGGCUUCAAAAGGCAAGCCUCAAGCACCACACACCACAUUUAAAUUAAAUCUUUCCACCUACUUCAGUUUCCCAGUAGUAUAUGUAUAUAUUUUUGGCUUUCAUGUGUACAUUGUAAAAUGUAAUUAUUAAAUGACUCACCAGUUCCUUGUAGUCCUUCGGAGAUUUAAAAAAUGCGUAUCCCAAGAAAAUAUAACCUAAGUACUGAAUGUUCUAGUAAUUCAUACAAAAUUGAUUUGCUAUUCACAGAGUCCUACUUCAGAAAUUAUGUGGAAUAUGUUUUGUUGUGAUUUUUUCUUUUUGUAUACAGUGUAUGUGCCUUUUACCUGUAAGGCCUAAAUAUUGUGAGGUUCAAUUACAGAUUUAGUUUGCAAACUUAUUUUUUUAUGUCAGAAACAGUGUUUGUGUGUCACAGAUAACAAUACUUAUUUGGUAAUGAAAUGGACCAUUUUUUGUGUCCAAACUUUAUAUGUGAAACGUGCUGUCACAUAAUAGCCUCAUCUUGCACAUUCAUUCUCCCAGAACUUUGAAAUUGUUCUGCUUUAAUAUUAAAUUCAUAAAAUUAUAAUAUGUACCGGCUGAUGUUACCUUAAUUUUGGUCAGUAUUAGAAUGUUUGCACGAGUUCUUUUUCGUGUACUUCUAAAUUAACUUUGUUUAAAUUUAAGAAUUGUCCUCCCCUCCCACCCCUCCGCAAUGCAUCAUUGUAACAAUAUUAAUGCUAAACGUAGUAAUUUUAUGUUUAUACUUCGUAAUUAAUGCGUUUCAAAGAGGUGGUGUUUGUAAAUAAAACUGUAAAAGUAA